GUACCAAUAAGAAACUCAAUUGCCGUGUUAGAUCUAUUGCCCCUCCCCCUUCACGGACAGAGAUCGGAAUCAACGAGAAGCGAGCAGUGUCUGCGUUUAGAUUGUGGAAGAAAGUUCAGAAAGAUAAGGUGGCGGACUUUGUCAGUUCGGCUUUAGGUAUAUUGGUGUACGUAUUUUCUGGUAAGACCGGGCCUGCUGUUUUAAUCGACAAGAGCCCUGGAUUUGGAAAAUGAUUCAGUCCAGACCAAUGGCGAAUUCGCAGAGGAACGACGCCUUAACAUUCAAAACGGUUGCUUUUAUUUUUCUGACAUGCAUGCCUGACCUGGCUUCAGGACAGGUUCGGUAUUCCAUUCCCGAAGAAUUGGAGCAGGACACUUCUGUUGGGAAUAUCGCUAGAGAUUUGCGACUGAACGUGCGGCAAUUGUCAGCUCGCAAAUUUCGGCUGGCUUCGGAUGACGGGAGGCCGUACUUGAAGGUCAGUUUGGAUAAUGGAAUUUUAUCCAUUCGUGAAAGAAUCGACAGAGAGUAUAUCUGCGGAUUAGCCGCUACGUGCAUUCUUCCUUUUAAAAUAGUAACUGAAAACCCUUUCGAGAUAUAUCGCGGUGAAGUGGAAAUCCUGGAUGUAAAUGACAAUUCUCCCAGUUUCGCGGAUAACACCAUUUCCCUACAGAUGUCCGAAUCAAUUGCACCAGGAGUACGUUUCCCUCUCGAGAGUGCGCAAGAUCCGGAUGUUGGAAUAAACACAGUUGCAGCUUACACAAUCAGUCCCAACGAGCACUUCGGCUUAAAAAUGCAAACAACGGAGGAUGGUGUUAAAAUGGUCGAAUUGCUGUUGGAGAAACCUCUGGACCGCGAGCAGGAGUCGUCCUAUCAGCUGGUGCUGACGGCGACCGAUGGUGGGACCCCUCACAGAUCCGGCACAGUUCAGGUUCUCAUCACCGUCCUGGACAGCAAUGAUAACCCACCGAUGUUCGAUCGUGCGAUUUACCGGAGCAGCUUAACAGAAAACGCCCCCAGGGGCACCUUGGUGAUCAAAGUCAGCGCUCAUGACCUGGACGAAGGUCCAAAUGCUGAGGUAACAUAUUCUUUCAGCAAACUUGCUUCGCCAAGAGUGCGCGAAUUAUUCAGUUUGGACGCACAGACAGGGGAGAUUAGAAUUGAAGGAGCGCUCGAUUUUGAAGAAACAAACACUUAUUCGCUUGAUAUACGAGCUGUGGACAACGGAUCACCUGCAAUUGCGGGGCAUUCGAAAGUCCUCAUCAAAGUCAUUGAUGAGAACGACAACGCCCCCGAGAUAAAGGUCACAUCCGUGUCGAGCAUGGUUUCCGAAGAUGUUCAGCGAGGAACUUUGAUAUCUUUGAUCAAUGUAAUCGACCAGGAUUCUGGCGAAAACGGACAGGUUCACUGUCAAAUUUCAAAGAAUAUCCCGUUUAAGCUCCAAACAUCCUCCAGUAACCAUUAUAAACUGAUUACCAGCGGCAUACUGGAUCGUGAAACUGUCUUUAUGUAUGACAUACUAAUUUUAGCCACGGACUCGGGGUCUCCUCCACUAUCCACAAAUAAAACCAUCCCGAUUUCUGUUUCUGACGUAAAUGAUAACGCACCACAAUUUAGUCAAAUGUUGUAUACUGUGUAUGUGAUGGAGAACAAUUCACCUGGUGCUUCUAUUUUUGCAGUUACUGCUCUGGAUCCAGACAUGGACCAGAAUUCUUUUGUUUCCUACGCCAUCAUGUCGGACAUGAUGCAAGAUCUGCCAGCCUCUUCUUUCAUCAGUGUUAACUCCAACAACGGGGACAUUUACGCGCUGCGCUCUUUUGACUACGAGCAACGGAAGAACUUUCAGAUCCAAGUUGAAGCCCGAGACGCAGGCGUUCCCCCGCUGAGCAGCAGCGCAACCUUGAAUGUGAUCAUCCUGGACCAAAAUGAUAACGCCCCAGUAAUUGUUUCACCUUUAGCACAGAGCGGAUCAACAGCCGUGGAGAUUGUGCCUCAGUCAGCAGCUCAGGGGUACUUGGUCACCAAGAUAAUCGCAACUGAUGCUGAUUCUGGUCAGAACGCACGGCUCUCCUAUCGGGUGUUGGAAGCCACUGAUUCCAGUUUGUUUAACGUGGGGCUUAACACUGGAGAAGUCAGAACAGCCCGAGGCAUUUCGGAGCACGAUGCUUCCACCGAAAGCCUCGUCAUCUUGGUGAAGGAUAAUGGACAGCCGAAUCUCUCCAGUACGGUGACAAUCCUCUUUUCGAUCUUGGCCAAUGUUACUGAAAAAUUCCCUGAAAGUAGCAACUUGGUCAGAAAUCCUGAAUAUGUCACUGAUUUAAAUCUCUAUUUGAUCAUCGCUUUAGGUUCAACCACCUUAAUAUUUCUUGUGAUCAUAAUUUUCCUGAUUGGCAUCAAGUGUAAGCAGGACAGAAAUAUUAUUGAAGGCUACAAUUCUCCAAUAUGUUGCUGCAAACGGGAGGAUUCAAAUUAUUCGUAUCCUGAAAGAUUUGGACUGCCGGUCCCUUUAAACUACACCGAUGCUGGAGAAAUAGUUCCCAACGUUGAACCCUAUCAUUAUACGGUUUGUUUAUCCCCGGAAUCUUCCAAGACUGACUUUUUGUUCUUGAAGCCUUAUGUUUCACCAUUGCCUCAAGAGCAAUUUUAUAUAAACGAUUGGCAGAAGCUUCGUUAUUUUAACAACAAAAUUCAGCCCAGAACAAUGGCUAAGACACGCAGGGGCGGAACCCCUUUUAUCUUGCUGCUUUGUGUGUUGGACCUGGUCUCGGGACAAAUUCGCUACUCGAUUCCCGAGGAACUGGAGCAUGGGGCCUUUGUUGGAAAUAUCGCUGAGGAUUUAAAGCUGCAGGUUUGGGAAUUAUCUGCUCACAAUUGUCGGCUUGUCGCCAAUGAGAAGAAACAAUAUAUUGAGGUAAAUCUGGAAAAUGGGAUGUUAUUUAUGAAUGAAAGAAUCGACAGAGAAGAGAUUUGCAGGCAAAGCUCUACCUGUUCCCUUUCUUUUGAAAUAGCGCUGGACAAUCCAUUGAAAAUGCAUCGAGCUGUAGUGGAAAUACUAGACGUAAAUGAUAAUUCACCUCAUUUUUCCAAAGAUGAAUUUUCCCUGCAAAUCAGCGAGUUAAUUGCGCAAGGGGCGCGCUUUCCUCUCGAGAGCGCGCACGACCCGGACAUCGGCUCAAACACAGUCAGCACUUAUCAAAUCAGUUCGAACGAACAUUUCCGUAUUAAAGUGCAGACCAGAAAUGAUGGCAGUAAAAGUGCCGAGUUGUUAUUAGAAAAGCCCUUAGACCGUGAAGCGCAGUCCACUUUUCACCUGACACUGACGGCUGUUGACGGUGGAAUUCCUCGCAGGUCUGGCACAGCUCGGAUUAUCAUUAUUGUAGUGGACGUCAAUGAUAAUGCACCUUUAUUCGAUCAUGAAAUAUACAGGGCGACGAUAGCAGAAAACACUGCUAAAGGCACCUUAGUUGCAAAAAUCAACGCUGUUGAUUUGGAUGAAGGCACGAACGCUGAGUUAACAUAUUCUUUCACCCAUCACGUUUCGGAAAGCAUUCGCGAGUUGUUCAAAUUGGAACCGAGCACUGGAGAUAUCAGAGUUCAAGGAGUACUGGAUUUUGAAGAUUCAAUUGUUUAUGAACUUGAUGUACAAGCUGUGGAUAACGCUAUGCCUGGGUUAGCAGGACAUGCCAAAGUUAUGGUUAGUUUAAUUGACGUUAAUGAUAAUUGUCCCGUGAUAGAGGUAACGUCGGUAUCCAGCACGGUCCCUGAAGAUGCUGCACCAGGGACGGUAAUAGCUGUAAUCAGCGUUACGGAUUUAGAUUCGGGGGUAAAUGGGCAAGUACAAUGUCAAGUUCCUAGGGAUGUGCCAUUUAAACUGCAAAGAUCUUCAAAGAACAACUUCGAAUUGGUAACACGCGAAAUCCUGGAUAGGGAAAUAGUUCCAUUCCACAACAUCACUAUUUCAGCCUGGGACGGAGGCUCUCCCACACUUUCAACGCUCAAAACUAUCCUGGUGUCAGUUUCUGAUAUCAAUGACAACGCACCAAAGUUUGCACAAUCCUUGUAUAGCCUGUACCUGAUGGAGAACAACAUUCCUGGUGCUUCUAUAUUCGUUGUUAAAGCAUUAGAUCUUGAUUUGGAUCAGAAUGGGGAAGUCAUGUACUCUAUUCUGGACAAUCAAAUACAAGGGCAGCCUGGGCCUGCUUACCUCACGAUUAAUUCCAAACAUGGGACCAUUUAUGCGCUGCGUUCCUUUGACUACGAGCAACUUAAACAAUUCCAGAUCCAAGUUCAAGCUCAGGAUGCUGGAUCUCCUCCACUGAGCAGCACUGCCACCGUAAAUGUUAUUAUCCUGGAUCAAAAUGACAAUGCACCAGUUAUUGUUUCACCUUUAACGUGGAACCAUUCCGCAUCAGUAGAGAUUGCACCUCAGUCAGUGUAUUCAGGAUACCUGCUCACCAAGAUAAUCGCGACUGAUGCGGAUUCUGGUCAGAAUUCACGGCUCUGCUACCGACUGUUGCAGGCCACUGAUCCCAGUCUGUUUACUGUUGAACUUCACUCUGGAGAAAUCAGAGCAACGCGAAAUGUUAGAGAACAAGACAUCAUUACAGAAAGACUGGUUAUCCUUGUGAAGGACAAUGGAGAGCCUAGUCUCUCCAGUACCACCACGAUCUCCUUCACAAUGGGAGCCAACGCUACUGGUAAACCUUUGGAACGAAUUGACGAACCGAGACAGUCGGAAUAUUUUUCCGUACUUAAUCGUUAUUUAAUUAUCGUUCUAGGAUCAACUUCAUUUUUGUUUCUUGUAACAAUUAUUUUUCUGGCCGCCUUGAAGUUUAAACAAGCCAGGGAUUUGACAGAAGAUUACAAUGCCAGAGAUCGUUGUUACAGAUGGAGCAAUUCAAAUGAGAAUUCUCAUCGUAGACCUGCCCCAAAAGAGCCAUUAAAUUAUCCUGGAGCUGGUGAGACUGAAGGUUAUCGUUAUACUGUUUGCUUAUCUCCAGAAUCAUCCAAGAGUGAUUUUCUGUUCCUAAAGCCCUGUCAUCCUACCCUGCCUUUUAGUGAAGUGAAUGUCCCGGUCCAGCUCAGAAAAAUGGCGAAUGAACGCAGGGGCGGAACGCCUUUUAUUUUCCUGCUUUGUUUGUUGGAACUGGUCUCGGGACAAAUUCGCUACUCAAUUCCCGAGGAACUGGAGCAUGGGGCCUUUGUUGGAAACAUUGCCGAGGAUUUAAAACUACACGUUUGGGAAUUAUCAUCUCGCAAGAUUCGGCUGCUCUCCGAUGAUAGGAAGCAAUAUAUUGAGGCAAAUUUGGAAAAUGGGAUAUUAUUUGUGAAUGAAAGAAUCGACAGAGAACUUAUUUGUAGACAAAGUUCUAUGUGUUCCCUUUCUCUUGAAAUAACGCUCGACAAUCCGUUGGAAAUACAUCGCGCUGUAGUGGAAAUACUCGAUAUAAAUGAUAAUUCCCCUAGUUUUGCCAAGGACGAAUCUUCAUUGGAGAUCAAUGAAUUAAUUGCACCUGGGACGCGCUUUCCUGUCGAGAGCGCGCACGAUCCGGACGCGGGCACAAAUGGAAUCAGCACAUACCAGGUCAGUUCAAACGAGCACUUCGGCAUCAAAGUGCUGACUAGAAGCGAUGGGAAUAAAAGUGCGGAGUUGUUACUCGAGAAUCCCUUGGACCGUGAACAACAGUCCAGCUAUGAGCUGGUACUGACGGCCAUGGACGGCGGGAUUCCUCAGCGAUCUGGCACAGCUCGGAUUGUCAUCACUGUACUGGACAGCAACGAUAACGCACCUGUGUUCGAUCAUGAAAUAUAUAGGACCAGUGUAGCAGAAAAUGCGGCUCUGGGUACAUUAGUGUUAAAAAUCAACGCUGCUGAUUUAGAUGAGGGGACCAACGCCGAGCUGUCGUAUUCUUUCACCAGACACGUUCCCCGGAGGAUUCGUGAAAUGUUCAGGUUGGACACGGUAACGGGAGAGAUUGCAGUCCAAGGAGUAUUAGAUUUCGAAGAAUCAGGUGUUUGCGAACUGGAUGUACAAGCAGUGGAUAAGGCUCCACCCGGUAUGGUGGGACAUGCCAAAGUAAUGGUCAAUCUGAUCGAUGUGAAUGAUAACGCACCCGAGAUAGAGGUGGCGUCAGUAUCCAGUACAAUCGCCGAAGAUGCACAGCCUGGAACUGUGAUUGCUAUAAUCAACGUGGCGGAUCGAGAUUCAGGAGAAAAUGGCCAAAUUUAUUGUCAAGUUCCUGUGAAUGUUCCAUUUAAACUUCAAAAGUCUUUGAGGAACAACUAUAAGUUGGUUACAAGUGAUAUCCUCGAUCAUGAAACAGCCCCACUGUACAACAUCUCUAUUUCAGCAUGGGAUGGAGGAUCGCCCCCUCUUUCAACGCGUAAGACUAUUGUGGUCUCUAUUUCUGAUAUAAAUGACAACGCGCCGAGUUUCACACAAUCUUUAUAUAACGCGUAUCUGAUGGAGAACAGCACUCCUGGUGCUUCUAUAUUUGCAGUUACAGCUUUCGAUUCUGAUACAGACCAGAAUGGUGAGUUUGCGUAUUCUAUUAUGGAGAACAGCAUAGAACAGGGCCUUGGAUACUUCACAAUUAACUCCAAAAAUGGCAACAUUUACUCGCUUCGCUCCUUUGACUAUGAACAACUGAAGCACUUCCAGAUCAAAGUUCAAGCCCAGGAUGCUGGGUCUCCUCCACUGAGCAGCACUGCCAUCGUGAAUGUUAUUAUCUUGGACCAAAAUGACAAUGCCCCAGUUAUUGUUUCACCUUUAACCUGGAACAGUUCGGCAUCAGUGGCGAUUAUGCCGCAGUUAGUAUAUCCAGGGUACCUAGUUACCAAGGUGAUCGCUACUGAUGCCGAUUCUGGACAGAAUGCACGGCUUUCCUACCGACUGUUGGAGGCCACUGAUCUCAGACUGUUUACUGUGACCCUCCUGUCUGGAGAAAUCAGAGCAACUCGACACUUUGGAGACCAAGAUCUCAUCACAGAAAGACUGGUCCUCCUGGUAAAGGAUAACGGACAGCCGAGCCUCUCCUGUACGGCCACAAUCUCCUUUACAAUCGUGUCCAAUGUUACAGAGAAACAUUCUGAACGAACCGACGAAGCCAAACAUUCGGAUUCCUUUUCAGAUUUAAAUCGUUAUUUAAUCAUCAUUUUAGGAUCAACUUCGUUUCUGCUUCUUGCCAUAAUAUUGGUUCUGAUCACGCUGAAGUUUAAACAAGAAAUAAAUAUUGCUGCAGACCCCAGCGCUACAGUAUAUUGUUACAGACGGAGGAGUUGUAAGAACGCCUUUAAUCCGAGGCCUGCGGGAAAUGAGUCUUUAAAUUAUACGGGACCUGGUCAGGCCGUUGGGUUUGGUUAUACUGUGUGUUUAACUCCAGAAUCAUCCAAGAGUGAUUUUCUAUUUCUAAAGCCCUGUCAUCCAACUUUGCCUUUCACUGAAGUGAAUAUCCGGAACACCAACCGGUUUUCGAUUUAUAUGCAACAUUGGAAUUCAGUUUAUAUAAAUGAAUUGCAGAGACUUGGGCAUUUAUGCUACAAAUUCCAACCCAGAACAAUGGCGAACGCACGCAGGGGCGGAACGCCUUUUAUUUUCCUGCUUUGUUUGUUGGACCUGGUCUCGGGACAAAUUCGCUACUCAAUUCCCGAGGAACUGGAGCAUGGGGCCUUUGUUGGAAAUAUUGCCGAGGAUUUAAAACUAAACAUUGGGGAAUUAUCGUCUCGCAAGAUUCGGCUGCCCUACGAUGAAAGGAAGCAUUAUAUUGAGGUAAAUUUGGAAAAUGGGAUAUUAUUAGUGAAUGAAAGAAUCGACAGAGAACUUAUUUGUAGACAAAGCUCUACGUGUUCCCUUUCUCUUGAAAUAGCGCUCGAAAAUCCAUUGGAAAUUCAUCGCGCUGUAGUGGAAAUACUCGAUAUAAAUGAUAAUUCCCCUAGUUUUGAAAAGGACGAGUUUACAUUGGAGAUCAGUGAAUUAAUUGCACCUGGGACGCGCUUUCCUGUCGAGAGCGCGCACGAUCCGGACGCGGGCACAAAUGGAAUCAGCACAUACCAGGUCAGUUCAAACGAGCACUUCGGCAUCAAAGUGCUGACUAGAAGCGAUGGGAGUAAAAGUGCGGAGUUGUUACUCGAGAAUCCCUUGGACCGUGAGCAACAGUCCAGCUAUGAGCUGGUACUGACGGCCAUGGACGGCGGGAUUCCUCAGCGAUCUGGCACAGCUCGGAUUGUCAUCACUGUACUGGACAGCAACGACAACGCACCUGUGUUCGAUCAUGAAAUAUAUAGGACCAGUGUAGCAGAAAACGCGGCUCUGGGUACAUUAGUGUUAAAAAUCAACGCUGCUGAUUUAGAUGAGGGGACCAACGCUGAGCUGUCGUAUUCUUUCACCAGACACGUUCCCCGGAGGAUUCGUGAAAUGUUCAGGUUGGACACGGUAACGGGAGAGAUUGCAGUUCAAGGAGUAUUGGAUUUUGAAGAAUCAGGUGUUUAUGAACUGGAUGUACAAGCAGUGGAUAAGGCUCCACCCGGUAUGGUGGGACAUGCCAAAGUAAUGAUCGAACUAAUCGAUGUGAAUGAUAACGCGCCCGAGAUAGAGGUGGCGUCAGUAUCCAGUACAAUCGCCGAAGAUGCACAGCCUGGAACUGUGAUUGCUAUAAUCAACGUGGCGGAUCGAGAUUCAGGAGAAAAUGGCCAAAUUUAUUGUCAAGUUCCUGUGAAUGUUCCAUUUAAACUUCAAAAGUCUUUGAGGAACAACUAUAAGUUGGUUACAAGUGAUAUCCUCGAUCAUGAAACAGCCCCACUGUACAACAUCUCUAUUUCAGCAUGGGAUGGAGGAUCGCCCCCUCUUUCAACGCGUAAAAGUAUUGUGGUCUCUAUUUCUGAUAUAAAUGACAACGCACCGAGUUUCACACAAUCGUUAUAUAACGUGUAUCUGAUGGAGAACAACACUCCUGGUGCUUCUAUAUUUGCAGUUACAGCUUUCGAUUCUGAUACAGACCAGAAUGGUGAGUUUGCGUAUUCUAUUGUGGAGAACAGCAUAGAACAGGGCCUUGGAUACUUCACAAUUAACUCCAAAAAUGGCAACAUUUACUCGCUUCGCUCCUUUGACUAUGAACAACUGAAGCACUUCCAGAUCAAAGUUCAAGCCCAGGAUGCUGGGUCUCCUCCACUGAGCAGCACUGCCAUCGUGAAUGUUAUUAUCUUGGACCAAAAUGACAAUGCCCCAGUUAUUGUUUCACCUUUAACCUGGAACAGUUCGGCAUCAGUGGCGAUUAUGCCGCAGUUAGUUUAUCCAGGGUACCUAGUUACCAAGGUGAUCGCUACUGAUGCCGAUUCUGGACAGAAUGCACGGCUUUCCUACCGACUGUUGGAGGCCACUGAUCUCAGUCUGUUUACUGUGACCCUCCUGUCUGGAGAAAUCAGAGCAACUCGACACUUUGGAGACCAAGACAUCAUCACAGAAAGACUGGUCCUCCUGGUAAAGGAUAAUGGACAGCCGAGCCUCUCCUGUACGGCCACAAUCUCCUUUACAAUCGUGUCCAAUAUUACAGAGAAACAUUCUGGACGAACCGACGAAGCCAAACAUUCGGAUUCUUUUUCAGAUUUAAAUCGUUAUUUAAUCAUCAUUUUAGGAUCAACCUCGUUUCUAUUUCUUGUCAUUAUAAUUUUUCUGAUUGCGCUGAAGUUUAAACAAGAAAGAAAUAUUGCUGGAGACCACAGCGCUACAGUUUGUUGUUACAGACGGAGGAGUUGUAAGAACGCCUUUAAUCCGAGGCCUGUGGGGAAUGAGUCUUUAAAUUAUACGGGAUCUGGUCAGGUCGAUGGGUUUGGUUAUACUGUGUGUUUAACUCCAGAAUCAUCCAAGAAUGAUUUUCUAUUUCUAAAGCCCUGUCAUCCCACUUUGCCUUUCACUGAAGUGAAUAUCCGGAAUACCAACGCGAUGACUUAA